AAGUUUUAUCAACUGGAGCUGGUGAAUCGAGAGCCUGGAUUCAACAAGGUGUUCAACACCAAUCCCAAUGUCGGGGUCAUAAACCCCCUUAUAAAGGGUGUGUUUUGAAUCCAGAAGUUCGGUGCAUGUGAAAUGGAAAAGAUUUGUUGGGAAAGGAAGGAAAUUACGGGUUUACAGUUUCUGUCAGCUGUACUAUUUCUGCUUAUUUCUCUCAAAGCUUCAUCAUGUGACAAAUGGCUUCUUGAUGCCUCAGUGCACCCCGUGACAGCCAAAGGUGGCUUCAGACAGUGUACGGAUGCCAUUUGCCAACAUGUUGCAUGUCAGCUCGCAGCACCUUAUGCAUCCUGUAUCGGAUCUCAUAACAUAACUUUGGCCUGGGAGUCUCUGAAUCAGUCUGAUAUGGUGUAUAUUCUUCAGUGGACCGGUCUGUCUGGGAUUUGGGAACAAGCAGAGAAUGUGACAGAAUCAACGUACACCAUCAAACAAUUGGAACCUUUCACCUGCUAUAAAUUCAGGGUCUGGGCCCUGAUUGCAGAAACACACGCUUGUUCUCCAGUGAGCCCUUGGUACCAAACAAAACCAUUUGGAUUGCCCUCCAGCCCAUCCAUUGAGAGUAUUGAGAGCGUGUCUGGACAGAGUGUGGAGGUUCGCUGGUCUCUACCUGAAAAACCAGGAGGACCCAUCUUGGGCUUCAACCUCAAUCUCACAUCCAACAAACACGUCAUCAGUGUAACAACCGGAGGAAAUGUGUUCUUCAACACUUUCUACCCGACAUUCCAUAACACUACAUAUAGGAUCUCUGUAGCUGCUGUAAAUGAAGAGGGCCAGGGUUCAAUCGCUGAAGCCAGCAUAACAACACCAGCAAAAGUUGAGCAGAAAGGAGGCCGGUGGGUCUUUGCAUCCAGAUGGAACUCAUUAAGGAUGAGAGAAGAGGAUGCCGAUUUCUUCACUACAGCACAAUGUCUCUCAGACAGUCUAAUUGAGAGCAACAUCACAGGGGUGGCAGUGCACUACAGUUCAAACCGCAUCUAUUUCUCUGAAGGGACUCGUAUUUGGGUGAAAGGGGCUGGAAAUCUCACCGACCACUCAGAUCUCAAGCUUCUGCACUCUGCCCUGCUGGAGGUCACAGCACUGACUGUAGACUGGCUUUAUGAGAGGGUUUACUAUGUGUCCAGUGGUAGGGUCUACUAUUGUGGAUUAGAUGACUGUUCUUUUCCAGUGGAUAUAAAUCUCCACCUCUCCAGUGACGCUGUAAAUAUAAUUGCAGAUCCGUAUAAUGGAUGGCUUUUCUUGUUGCUGAGCAGUGGAAUAUAUCGUAGCCCUCUUCCAGACAUCUCUGGCCAACAACACGAGAUAAUUAAUGUCGUAAAAACGCCUUCUGUCUCCAACUUUGUGGUCAGUUUUCCCAACAAGAGACUUGUUUAUCACGACAGAAGUGAUCAAACGCUCAAUGCCACAUCUGUGGAUGGAUUGUUUCCCAUUACGCUCUACACAGACAUUUACUUUGAAGCAAACAGCAUUGUUUAUGAGGAUGAUUUCUUCAUGCUCACCAAUGGUUAUGCACUGUACAAACAAGUUGGCCAGAGUCAAGUGGCCACCUUUAAUGAAUUCACUAUGGACUGUGAUGUGAUCCAUAGUCAAAAUGACGGCUUUGGUAAUUUAUGCUACUUUAGUGCAUCUGCGCAACCUUAUCCUGUGCCAAGAAAGCCAAGACAACUUCAAAUCCUGUUUGGAUCAGAUAAAGCCAACGUUUAUUGGGAUAAACCUGAAAAUAUGAUUGGAGCAAGUCCAUCUGCCUGGCAAAAUUGGACUUAUGCUAUAAACUGCUCGAUGAAUGGAUUGGUGGUGAUGAAUUUUAGUGGACUAACUGGCACACAUGCAACAGUCCCAGAUCUGGAGAGUUCACAGCAGUACAGCGUCACUCUCAGGGCUUGUUCCCCUGGUGGAUGCUCCAAAUCAGUCUCCUAUGAAGGAACAACUCUCCAGCCUGCCGAUGAGCCCCCAUAUAUUGCUGCUGCCAGUGAGGAUGACAUAUGGAAGCAAGAUUUGGAUAGCACUGAAUUUGUGGAACAAAUGGUGUCUUAUAUUGGAGAUGUGAAAGAUAUGGACUGGUAUAGUUCCACAAUCUACUGGACUAACAGUUCGGGUCACAUUAACUGGAUUGAUCUGGGUGAUCAGUCGUUGAGUGUGAUGACAAUGCCAUCACUCAUGAAUGCUGAAGCACUGGCCUUUGACUGGCUGGGACAGUAUCUAUACUGGAGCUGCAACACAAAUCAAAUAUGCCGAGGGUCUGUAUCUGGUCAUGGGGUUGAGAUAUUUCUUCAAGCAGAGCAGAAGAUUCUCAGUUUUGUGGUUGAUUCAUUGAAUGCUGCCAUCUACUGGACCACUGAAACGUCAGUAGAAGGCUGUAGAUUGGAUGGAGAAGACUACCAACUGCUGGAAAAACUGAGUGUGUUCUCUGGGAAAGAGGUUGCUGGUAUCACUUUGAACAUGAUUGAAGGAAAUCUGUAUUGGCUGGUGCAGGAUGGCUCCCUUAUAAAUCUUUACAGAGUGAACCUCAGUGGUGACAGGAUGCAGAAGUCUAAAGCGUUAGAAUUUGCAAGAUGGACAACAUCUCAAAUCACAGAUAAUCAAGUGGGCUACUACAGCGGACGACUCGUUUGGUUGGAUGAGAACAAACAGCUCAGGAUUCAGGAGUUGAAGCAAAACACCAGUGUCCUUAUGUCUUCCAGCAAAACACUGACAGCUUUUUCUGUUGUACAGCAAAUGCUUAAACCUCUUCCAGACGGAUUCGUAUCUCCUCCUAUAGUUAUUCCACCUGCAGUUUCCAAAAUUGUUCUUGAAGGGAAUGACACAUUUAUCCAGAUACACUGGGAACCCAGCAAUAUUGACUACGGGACAGUGCUUUAUUGUGUGGUGUCAAAGGAACUGUGUAGAAAUGUGAAACAGCUUCGAAAUGUCCCCAGCAGAUAUUGUCAUCCUCUUAACACGUUUUCUGAAACAGUCAUGAAUAUCACAAGAUUCGAACCAGGAACCAAAUUAAACAUUACCAUAACCCCUUUUUCGUAUUGGGGUAAAGGGGAAUCAACACAAACAACUUUGAUUACUCCAGCAGGUACUUCAUUAGACACUGACAUGACAUUGAUUAUUGUGAUUGUAUCGGUUACUGCCUGUAUUACACUGAUUAUUCUCAUCCUCGCCGCAGUCAUUUGGCACAGACACCAUAAGAAAAAGGAUCAUGGGACAGUUACACAAAUAGGUGCACACGUCCAUCCAGAUGUGGAGUUGGAGUAUAUUCGAGGUUUAGUUGGUCUUGGGAAUGCCUGCUAUGCUAUCAGUAACAUACCCGCCCAAGGAGAGAUUGAGUCACUUCCUGUGUUUCCUAGAGACUGUCUGAAGCUUCAGAGGUUGUUGGGUAGUGGUGCUUUUGGAGAAGUUUAUGAAGGAGUUACAGUUGGCAGCCAAAUCACCGAAGUUGUGCCGGAGAGGAGAGUGGCUGUCAAGACACUGCGAGGAGAUGCCAGUGACUAUGAGAAAACUGAAUUUUUAAAAGAAGCUUAUUUGAUGAGCCAGUUUAAUCAUCCUAACAUCCUGCGUUUGCUUGGAGUGUGUCUGCUAAACGAGCCACAUUACCUCAUCCUAGAGCUGAUGGAAGGAGGAGACCUUCGUUCUUACCUGAGAGCAGCUCGUCCUACAACUAGCCAUAAAGAGCUACUGAAUCUCACCAGCCUCCUGGACGUCAGUUUGGAUGUUGCCACAGGAUGUGCUUAUUUAGAAAGGAAGCACUUUGUUCACAGGGAUAUUGCUGCAAGGAACUGUCUGGUGUCAAUAAGAAGCUACACAGACCCAGAAAGGGUCGUUAAAAUAGGAGAUUUCGGAUUGGCCCGGGACGUGUAUAAGAACGACUACUACAGGAAGAGGGGUGAAGGUCUGCUUCCCGUUCGCUGGAUGUCACCAGAAAGCUUAACAGAUGGGAUUUUCAAUAAAUAUUCUGAUGUCUGGGCAUUUGGUGUGCUCUUAUGGGAGAUUAUGACAUUAGGAAAGCUACCAUAUCCCACAUACACCAACCAUGAAGUCUUAAGCCAUACCAGUACAGGUGCACGACUGCCUUCACCAGCAGGCUGUCCACAGAGAUUGUAUAAUCUGAUGAUGAGCUGCUGGAGCAAAGAACCAACUGAGAGGCCAAACUUUCAGUACCUUGAGGAAACCCUGAGUAAACUGAGAGAUUAUGAGGCGGAUAAAAGAGCAAACCAGAACGGAGCAGCAGGUCAUGUGAACCAAGCUUACCAAGAAGAUGAAGAGGGGGUCUGCACUGGUGUGGAUGAAGAUGAAGACCUGGAAACUGGACUGUCUCCUGUGCUCAGCAAUGAGGGACUAAAUUACUUGAUGUAUCGUGCUGAGAGUCCGGACAGUGUCCAAACAGACUCAUCGACACCCACCGAAGAUAGAUAAGACUAUAAUUGCCAGUGUUGAAAUCGCUGGCAUCCCAAGUUUGCACAGAUUGUGAGCUGGACCUCACUUUGUAAUCUUCUUCCUUGUAAAUACUGUAUAAAACAACAACAACAAUGAAAAUAAUAAUAGUUGUAUUUUAUGUACAAUGCAGAAAGUUGAAUAAAAAGUUAUAUCUGUAUUUUGUUAUUGGCUGAAUUGGUUAAAUUAUGCAAACAGCCAAAUGAGUAAAUGAAUGAAUGUUGCAUUUUUGAUGUACAGGCCUAAUGUAGAUUUGAAUGAUCAAUAAAAAGAGAUAUCAACAUUAUGAAG